AUGUAUUCCAUCAUACAAUCCGCUUUCGACGAGGGUGCACCAGGAGUCAAGCCGUGGAUCUUAAAGCGGCCCACCCAGCUUGACUUGGGGCGCGCUUAUCUUUUCAAAGCGGCUGGAAAGCUGCAAGUAGACAUGUCGGAAGCCUUUGAAUCGCGGAAGCACCCCUUCUACGUUGACGGGAAGAAGGUCCUUGACUACACCAGGAUCAACUGGGCAUCGCAGAUUUCCCUGAAAGCUCUGGGCGAAGAGAUCAAGAACAAAACGGCAGACGGGUGUGCCGUGAUCAUUGCUGCAUGCGACGUGAAGGAUGUCGGCGAGGUGAAGAGGGUGGUCCGAGCGCACAACGGGGCAAAAGAACUGCAAGGAUCCCACGGGCGAGCAAAGUUUGCGUUCAUGCCGCUUUUCGAGGAGCCCCCAAAGCGUGAGGCCGAGGGCGUGAAGCGGUACAGAUGGUAUUCGUUCUACCGCUUCUCGGUGAUGGCCAAAAUGCAGAUAGCCGUGGAUGAGGGGGCGACCAGACUGAAGCUGUUGGGCAUGCAGCCAGAUGACGGCAAUGCCAUGACCGUGCAAGAGUAUCCCGCUCUGGAGGAGGAUCUGUUUGAAGCAAGAUCGAAUCGCAAGUACCCCUUCAUUGAAGUAGAUGGCGAAAAGUUGCUUUUGGAAGCGGAAGACUUCACCAUGGAGCGCGUACGGCUUGAGAACUUUCGUCCGAAAAGCUUCUUGGACGAGCACACCAAAGACCUGGGCUCUGUGAUAAUUGUUUCAGCAACCGACGCAGAUGGAAGGAAAGCCGCCGAAGUCUUGCAAGCAUUUCAUGCCCGACACAAAGGUGCCCGCCAGGUGAUGCGUGCUUGGGCCACCGCCGAGGAGACCCGAGGCCGGCCCACCUACGCAACACAAGAAGAGCACAGAGGCUCGCAGGGCCAUCCUCCGUUGCAUCAUGACAAAGCAAAGGAGGGAACUGGCAAAGCCACGACUUCCACGCAGGACUUCACCAACGUGUUGUACAGCUUGCCGGAGGAGGAGCA